UCUGUCCCCCCCGUGUCCCCCCCUCUCCCCGCGCUGUCCCCGCGCUGUCGCCGCGCAGGUGACAAUCCCGGCGGGGCGGUGGCACCGCGGGCACGGGAAACUCUGAGUCACAACCGCGGGGCCAGCGGGGGGGACACGGACAGGGGACAGCGGGGACACCUGGGGACAGCCACAGCGCCCGGACACAGGCCAUGGACGCCCCCUCGGAUGAAGGUGACGAUGAUGAUGAUGAGGAGUCGGUGGCGCAGGCUCAGCAGCGCCUCCUGCAGGCCAUGGAUGCUCCCUCAGAGGCUGCUGAUGGUGAUGAUGAUGAUGAUGAUGAUGAUGAAGGUGAUGAUGAUGAUGAUGAGGAGGAGGAACCUGUGACACAUGCUCAGGAGCACCUCCUGCAGGCCAUGGAUGCCCCCUCAGAGGCCGCUGAUGAUGAAGGUGACGAUGAUGAUGAUGAGGAAUCUGUGACACACGCUCAGCAGCACCUCCUGCAGGCCAUGGAUGCUCCCUCAGAGGCCGCUGAUGACGAUGAUGAUGAAGGUGACGAUGAUGAUGAUGAGCAGUCAUUGGUGCAGGCUCAGGAGCGCCUCCUGCAGAUCAUGGAUGUCCCCUUGGAGGCCACUGAUGAUGAAGGUGACGAUGAUGAUGAUGAGGAGUCGGUGGCACAGGCUCAGGAGCGCCUCCUGCAGGCGCUGAUGGCUCGCACAGACCGGGCGCUGCCCCGGCGGGCGCUGGAGCGGGACUGGGACGUACUGGGAGAGCUGGGCAGCGGCUCCUACGGGCGCGUGCUGCUGGCACGGCCCCGGCAUGGAGGUGCGCAGGUGGCUCUGAAGCUGCUCUCCAAGGAGCGCACGCCCAGGUGGGGCUUCCUGCGGGAGUUCUGCACUCACCUGUGCCUGCGGGGGGCACUCACCUGCGUGCAGGUGCUGCCGCUCGCCUUCGAGACCCCCACAGAGUUCGGCUUCGCCCAGGAGCUCGCACCUGCCGGGGACCUGUGCGGGCUGCUCACACCUGGGGUGGGUCUCCCGGAGCCGCAGGUGAAGCGCUGCGCCGCCCAGGUGUGCUCGGCCCUGUCUUACCUGCACGGCCACGCCCUGGUGCACCGCGACCUGAAGCUGGACAACGUGCUGGCCUUCGACCGCGAGUGUCACCUGGUCAAGCUCGGCGACUUCGGCCUGACGCGCGUGCAGGGCUGGCAGGUGCGCCCCGCCCCCGGCCCCGCCCCUUACGCCGCACCUGAGCUGCUGCACCUGCGGGCAGGUGAGGCGCGGCAGCGGCGGCUGGAGCCCGCGGCGGACACCUGGGCGUUCGGCGUGCUGCUCUUCGCGCUGCUCACCGGCGCCUUCCCCUGGGCCUCACCUGCGCGCUCCGACCCCGCCUUCCGCCGCUUCCGGGCGUGGCACGGCCGCACCUGCGCAGGUGAGGCGCUGCCGCGGCCGCCUCGCACCUGGCGGGGGCUGGGGGGGGCGGGGCUGGCGCUGCUGCGGGGGCUGCUCCACCCCCAGCCCGCGCGGCGCUGCCCACCUGGAGAGGUGCUCAGGUACCUGGGCGGGGCCUGGGCGGGGCAGCGGGGACAAGUGAGGGGCGCGGGGGAGGGGGGACAGGUGAGCUCUGCAGGUGAGGGGGGACAGGUGAGCCCCACAGGUGAGAGUGGCCAGGUGAGCUCUGCUGAGGAGGGGAGCCAGGUGAGCUCUGCUGGUGAGAGCUGGAGCAGCCAGGUGAGCCCCACAGGUGAGGGGGGACAGGUGAGCUCUGCAGAUGGGAGCAGCCAGGUGAGUCCCACAGCUGAAGGUGAGAGCAGUCAGGUGAGCCCCACAGGUGAGGGGGGACAGGUGAGCCCCGCAGGUGAGAGUGGGAGUGGCCACGUGGCUCUCUCAGCUGAGAGCGGCCAGGUGAGCCCCACAGGUGACUCUGAAUCCCCCAGCUGUGAGGUGGGGACACCUGGACGGGUGAGGGGAACACCUGGACGUGGGUUAGAGACACCUGGACGGGUGAGGGGAACACCUGGACGUGGGUUAGAGACAGCUGGGCAGGUGAGGGGAACAUUUGGAGAUGGGCUGGGAACACCUGAAGUGAGAUGGAAACACCUGGAGAUGGGAUAGAGACACCUGGGAGGGGCUGGAAGCACCUGGAGAGUGAUGGGCACACCUGGGAUGGGCCCAGCACACCUGGACAGGUGACGGGCACACCUGGGAUGGGCCCAGCACACCUGGACAGGUGAUGGGCAC